UAGCUUUUCGGAAUGAUUAUUUACUAAUAUCGAGAUUCCUCCAGCGCCAGUCGCAUUAGCAUUGACGUAUUUAUUUGGCUUAUGGACAGGGGUGGGUACCUACCCCCAACCCAAUCUUACGCGUCUAUGCGUUGGGAACCGACUUGGAUGUUAACAGCCUCCUUCAUAAUUUCAUAUGAUAGCCUCCUGACGAAACAAACGGCAACUUCAACAGAGGACAAUGCGAAGGGGGGGAUUAUAGGGUUGAGAGAAACGAUGGCUGACCAGCGGAAGUCCCUGGGCAAGACGCGAUCACCGCUCAAGACGAAGUUCAUACGAUCCCAAAAGAUCAUGCAGUCAUCUCCGACGGACACUCGGUCAGACGAUAUCCCAGAAGACUCAGAACUAGUUCAGGCCAAGGGCCCUUCACGCAGCCAUACUCAUGGCCAUCUAUCAACUAAAAGUACCGACAAGCAGAAAGGAAGCAGCAGCAAGGACCCCCGCUCUCGCUCACAAUCUCAAUCACAAGCAUCAGCAAGAAGCCCCGUAGCUGGUGCCUCAGUUCCCAAGCUCCCUGCCUCAAUCCAUGAGAGCAAUGGGCCUGUUAUAAGUCCGAUUGUCCGUGAAGGAUCUCCAGCAGUUUCAGCCGGCUUAGUUGCCAACGAACGCCGGCCGAUAGUGUUGCGGUCAACCUCCGCUAUUGCAGGAAAGCCAACAAGCAGUUCAACUACACCACUCACUACCCCCAAGCCACCAUCCCAGUCUAAGAAGACUGGGAAACACGCAUACUUUCCUCCUCCGCCGGAUACGAAGGAAGAGCGUGAUGUGUUACCUGCACCAGCAUCUGGCAUGUACUGGUCCCGCGCUCCCACAUCCGGCGCCCCUCACACCGCGCUCCGCGCACAUACAACAACCGCCAUAGGUUCAAAUAUCUACAUUUUUGGCGGCUGCGACUCACGGUCCUGCUUCGAUGAAGUCUAUGUCUUUGAUGCGGACGCCUUCUACUGGUCCUCGCCCCUGGUCACAGGCGACCUCCCAGUGCCUCUGCGCGCCAUGACAUGCACCGCCGUGGGCAAGAAGCUCGUGAUUUUCGGAGGAGGCGACGGGCCCAUAUACUACAAUGAUGUCUAUGUCCUAGAUACCGUCAACUUCCGCUGGUUGAAGCCUGUCAUAAGCGGCACCCCGCCCAGCAAGCGGAGAGCACACACCGCAUGUCUCUACCGUAACGGUAUCUACGUCUUUGGGGGCGGCGAUGGCGUGCGCGCCCUAAAUGACGUGUGGCGCCUAGACGUAUCGGAUGUGACCAAGAUGUCAUGGAAGCUCAUCUCCGCGCCUUCGAGUAGCACAUCCUCCUCCCCAACCGGCGACCGACACGACCUCAAAUUCCGCGCCGACCGCGACAUCAAGCCCAAAGCGCGCGGCUACCACACCGCCAACAUGGUCGGCGCGAAACUGAUCAUCUUCGGCGGCUCCGACGGCGGGGAGUGCUUCCGCGACGUCUGGGUCUUCGACGUGGACACGCUCUACUGGAAGCCUGUCAACAUCCCCGUGUCAUACCCGCGCCUCUCUCACACCGCCACGAUCGUCGGGUCCUACCUCUUCGUCAUCGGCGGCCACGACGGCGUCGAGUACAGCAACGAGGUCAUGCUGCUCAACCUCGUCAACAUGCAGUGGGACAAGCGCAUCAUCUACGGGAAGCCGCCGAGCGGGCGCGGAUACCACGGCACCGUGCUGCAUGAUAGUCGGCUCUUUGUUAUCGGUGGCUUCGACGGCGUGACGGUAUUUGAGGAUGUGUAUAUCCUCGAGCUGGCGGUGCAUGCUUAUUACUCCCAGAUCUCGCAUUAUACUAUUGAUGUCUAG